AUUCGUAUAAAUAUCUCCGGCCGGGCUGGAAUCGGUAUCAGUCGCACAUCAGCAGCCAAGCAUUAACGCACCCUGGGUCCACACCGAAAGAGGCAACAAAUUGAAAAUGUUUAAGAACAUCGCAUUGGUUGUCUGCCUGGCCACCGUCGUCGUGGCCGUUUCCGCUUUCGCCUACGAAGCCUAUCAUACGCAUCCCAAGUACGAAUACAAGUAUGGGGUGGAAGACACCCACACCGGUGAUAACAAGGAGCAGUGGGAGCAUCGAGAUGGGGAUGACGUGAAGGGAUCCUACUCGCUUCACGAACCAGACGGUACCUAUCGAGUGGUGGAGUACAAUUCCGAGAAGGACGGUGGCUUCCAGGCUCACGUGCAGCGCAACGGACACGCUCAGCAUCCGCCGGUCUAUGGUGACCAUCACGACGAACAUGGACACGGUGGGGAGAGCUAUGUUAAAAUUGAUCAGCAUUACUAGAAUAUGAUGGGGAUGGGGAGCCGAAGAAAUGCGUAAGCCGUUCGCUCAGGGUGUAUUAAC